GAGGAAAUAACUUUGUUAUAAAUAAAAAUACAUGAAAUAUAUCAGCAUUAGAGACCGCCCAAGUGUUGCUACUUCGUUAUUGAUUAGGACCGGUUGAGGUUGCAAAAUGUUCUGUUAUUUUAAUAUUGUGGAAUAUGGGUUGAUCCCUGUAUGUUGAUGAAUACCGACACCGGCCACCUGCGACUACUUGGGAAGCGCAGAAUUGUUAGUGUAAUGCAUGUUGUUACUAGAAACCGAAAUAUUUUCUGCGCUCCCACGUGCAUCACAAGUAGGGUUAGUUUGUUGAAAUGUGUUAAAGUAACAUUAUCAUGUGUGGGUUAUCGGCUACCGAGAAUGCUUUUGAGUUUAUUCCUCUUAAGUUUUUAAAUUAUACUGCUCGUUGAAAAUUCGGUAGACAGAGCUUCUAUUUUCUGAAAUUCGCAAAUCUAUGGACAACUGGCUUAGUUAUAUAUUUAGUGCUUUGUUUUCGCGAUAAGCAUAUGUAAUAUUCGAUUACUUGAAUUACUGCUUUCAUUGAAUCAUUCAAAACGAUUUCCAGAUGUACUGCCUGUAGAGUCAUAAGUAAUAUGAUGAGAUGCAAUAUCCACUGACUACACCCCUGACCAUGAUGUAAGUAUUGGUGACACACUCCGAACAACCGUUGCAACAUGUUGCCAUGGGAUCAUUAGUGGGAGUAUAUCGAAGCUGAGUGGACGCACUGAAGCGACGCGGGAGUAAACGCUACAAAUUGGCGCAGUCGGUACGAUAAAAUGAUGAAUUUCGGAGACAAUUUAAAAUGCCCAUUAGAGCCUUUUAAUGAUUGUGUGGGUAGUCAGGAUUUUCGAAGAGAGUGGGAGGAGUGGCAUCGGGCAUUCGAGCUAUUUUUAGAAUUACGAAAUUUGGAGAGUCAACACGACAAAUUGGUACUACUAUUGACUGCAGGUGGUCGCGGUUUGCAACGUAUUUAUUAUAAUCUCGGUCUAGCACCAGAUGAAAUUUAUCCUGAACCAGUUAAAAUACCGUAUUGCCCCCAAGAGGUACCCGAAUACGACAAUGCAGUGAAGAGACUGAGAAAGUUUUUUAUCGGAAAACGUAAUGAUCGUAUUGAACUGGAAGUCUUCCGUUCAUUAAAACAGGGAUGUGACGAAACAUUUAAUAAUUUUCUACUACGGCUUCGGACACAAGCAGCGCGAUGUGAUUUCAGAGACCGAGAAGAGAAAGAGAUCCUCCAGCAAGUCACAAUGGGAGCCUGCGACGAACGAGUGCGGGACAAAGGUCUAGAGAGUGUGAUGGACCUUGAUGAGAUAACUAGCUACGCUGUUAACCGAGAGAUACUGUCCAAGCAGAAGGAAAAAUCGAAAGCUUUCACCGGAGAGGCGACCCCUAGUUCUGUAGCAGCUGUUAAGCAAGAGUGGAUCCCAAGAUCACGAAUGAAUGGAAAAUUUUAUAACUAUGAAAUUAACAGGGGAAAAUGGUCAGCUCGUGGAAAUGUCGAGUGUGGUCGCUGUGGUGCACAUAGGCAUUCAUCAGACUCGUUGAAUUGCCCGGCGCGUAAGGCUCGGUGUAACCAGUGUCGUCGAAUUGGACAUUUUGCACGAAAAUGUAAUAAACAACAAAGCAGCUCGAGAAACCGUACUUGGAAACGAACGACAGAUGAAGCCAACUUGUUGCGACAAGAUGAAGGUUUGGUUGAAGAACUUCCCUGCAGAUCAAUUUCACAAAAUGUUUCUCAGGUAUAAUUAAAACGGUUUCGAAGAGAAAUUAAAUAUAGUAACAGCCUUAAACUGUAUGAAAACCGAAUUCGACAAAUAAAGUAACCAUGAAUUAUCUUCUUUCAUUUUAUUUAGAACUCGAUGAAGUCCAAUAUUGAUGGCAUCGUUACGUGUUUCAUAGAUCAACAUCCUGUGAGUUUUCUUGUUGAUUCUGGUUCUUCCAUUAACACAGUGACUACAGAAGUAUGGGCAAAGCUAGAAAGUUGCGAUUCGAAGCUCUUCAAGAAAAAAAAUCCUGGGGACCGACGAUUUACUGCAUAUGCUAGCCGUGAUACAUUGAAGGUGUUGGCGGUAUUUCAGGCAUGGAUCUUUAUUGACAAUGCAAAGCCAAAGAGCUACGCUGAAUUCUUUGUAAUUGAAGGAGCCAAUCGAUGUUUGUUGAGUAAACGAACGGCGGAAGAGCUCAAAAUUCUAAA